UGUAAGGAUAGUACCUACAUAAAUAAGCCCAGGCUGAGCUACGGACAAGAAUGCCCCGCCGAAACUUUUCGAGAUUUCCAAUGCGGAUAGCGGCAUCGGAACGCACCCGUCAUACUGCAGCUACAGUAGCUAGCUACUACAUACACGCAUAGAACACGGCGAGUCUAUCCUCGGACGCCAUCAGUCAAUCCAACCCAGCCGCGCCGUAGCUUGAGAGCUUCCCGAUAUAAGAAGCAAUUGUUCCGGCCGAGAUGGCGACCGCAGCGGUACAACAAGAUGUCCCGGCCAAGUCCAAGAAGCCGAGCACAACACGCUCCAUCCUCGCCGGAGCUCUAGCAGGGGCGGUAGAAAUCUCUAUAACAUACCCUGCCGAGUUCGCCAAGACGAGGUCACAACUCAACCGCCAUCUCGGAGAGGGCAAGAAGCUCCCGUGGCCCCCGUUCGGCGGACAGUGGUACGCGGGUUGCACGACCUUGAUCAUCGGCAACUCGGCAAAGGCAGCUAUUCGCUUCGUCUCUUUCGAGCAGUACAAGCGCAUGCUGGCCGACGAGAACGGCAAGAUUUCUGGGCCCAAGAACGUCAUUGCCGGAUUCUUCGCCGGUAUGACCGAGUCGCUCAUAGCGGUGACGCCGACCGAGUCCAUCAAGACGACCCUGAUCGACGACCGCAAGAAGCCGAACCCGCGCAUGAGGGGCUUCCUCGACGCCAUUCCCAUCAUCUACAGAGAGCGCGGUCUGCGCGGUUUCUUCCAGGGUCUUGUACCGACAGCAGCUAGACAGAGCGCCAACUCGGCCGUCCGAUUCGGCUCAUACACCAGCUUGAAGCAACUGGCAGAGAGCUACACGGCGCCGGGCGAGAAGCUGGGGAUGCUGGGGACAUUUGGUAUUGGUGGUGUGGCGGGCAUCAUCACUGUCUACGCCACGCAGCCUUUGGACACCGUCAAGACGAGGAUGCAGAGCAUCGAGGCCAAGCAGGUCUACGGCAACAGUUUCCGGUGCGCGAGCAUGAUCUUCAAGCAGGAGGGUGUCUUGACCUUCUGGAGCGGAGCGUUGCCGCGGCUGGGACGCUUGGUUCUGAGCGGUGGCAUUGUUUUCGCCAUGUAUGAGAAGAGCAUGGAACUCUUCAACAAGUACGAUCCCGAAGGCACGAUCAUAUAGCGGGGGAGGGAAUCCAGGCCUCGGGAGGUGAUCGGAGACAAGAUAAGAGCCCAGCAUAGAAUCUAGACAAAUACCCCAUUGCGGUGGAUAACAAAAAAGGGGCCCGAGGGCGUUCAGGGUAU